AUGCACGAGUUCGACACCCGCUCGGCUUUCAGCGUUUCGGAAGAGGAACGUGUGCAGCAAUACGAGCGGCUUUGGGACGAGCCGGGCUUUGCCAAGUGGCUGAGCAACUUCUACGACGUGAUGAUGCCGGGGCCUGCCAACGAGCACUACGCGGAGUUCUUCCGCAACAAGAUCCGUGAACGAGUCAAGGACCCCGUGGUAGCUGAGAUGCUCACACCCAAGGACCACAUGUUCGGCUCCAAGCGCCUGCCCUGCGAGAGCGGAUACUACGAGGUCUACAAUCGGGACAACGUGCUGCUGGUCGACGUCAAGAAUGCCCCGAUCCAGCGCAUCACCGAGAACGGCAUCCAGACCGCUGACGCCCACUAUGAUCUCGACGUAAUCAUUUACGCCACGGGCUAUGAUGCCGUCACCGGCUCUCUGAGCCGGAUGCACAUCCAGGGCGCGGGUGGUCGGACGCUGAAGGACAAGUUUGCCGAGGGCCCGCGUACCUUCAUGGGCAUAUCAAGCGUGGAUUUCCCGAACCUGUUCACCAUCAACGCGGCGUCGGUCGGGAACUUCGUGCGGGCCGCCGAGCCUCUGGUCGACUGGAUUACUGAGUGCGUGGCCUACGUCCGCGAUAACGGCUACCAGCGCAUUCAGCCGACCCAGCAAUCAGAAAACGAAUGGACCCAGCACAUGAUCGAGGGGGGACAGAACAUCCUCCGGACGCAGGCGGAUUCCUGGUUCGUCGGCGCCAACAUUCCUGGAAAGGCUCGCUUCCUGCUCACUGCUCCGGACACUGCCCCGGUGAUGCGGGCCAAGCGCGCCGAAAUUGCAUCAAACGGCUACAAGGGCUUCAGCCUAGAGUAG